AUGAUUGCAUUAUUCUUAUUGAUAGUUUAUUCUAUUGGUAAGACCUCUGAUAACAGAGAUCAAUUUUCUACUAACUAUCCUUAUGGAAUGGAGAAUCGUAAUACAAAUUUUAAUUCAGAAUUUACAAGUGAUGUAAACAGUUAUCAAAUUCAAAGAUUUGCUGAAAAUGGUGUUUUCAGUGCAAAUCAAGAAAAUUAUGUUCGUGCUAAGUGUAAAACAUGUUGUAGAGUUAUUUUUGCUUCUGAUUACAAUUAUAAAACACAAAGGCAAUUUACUGAUGCAGACGAUAUAAAUGGUGAUACCAGAUAUGUUAUGGAUAUGGAGUUUGAUGAUAAAAGAUCAGUUAGAUACCCUAAUGGAAAUUAUGAACAAAACAUUCUAUUAAGACCAUUGAAACAAGGAAAUGAACUUCAAUUCUUUGAAUUUGCACCAUAUAGAAUGUAUACAUGCUAUUCAAUGCCAAAAAGAGUACAUGAUAUUAGAGGAGGGGCAAAUGAAGGGUCAACUCUUAUUAUUUGGUCCAAAAAUCCACCAUUAUCAGACGCACCAGGUACUCAAAAUCAACGUUUUGUUUAUGUCCAUCCAUAUCCAAAUGAAUGGUAUGCUGAAUAUCAUUCAACUAUUGAAUACAAUCAGGGUGGAAGAUGGGUUAAAAAAACUCUUGAAUGGCCUACAUAUAAAAGACAUUUCUAUCUUCCUUAUCGACUUGAUCUUGACCUUUGUUAUCAAGCCAAAAAAGCAUCUGAUAGUAGAUCUGUAUGGACUGGAAAUCAACACCUCAAGACACUUACCAAUGGGUACCAAAUCACAGCUUCAAGAUGUAGUGCAACAGAAUCAAGACAGAUAUUUAUUCCAGUUUUUGCCUAA